AUGGGGUCUCUAAUGGCCUUUUCUACUCUCACUAUUGUAUUGGCAACAGUCUCCCUCACCUUGCCAUCUCAAAUAUCAGCAGACAACUACAUCUAUUCAUCUCCACCACCACCACCAAAGCCUUACUACUAUCAUUCUCCACCACCACCAGUGCACUCUCCACCUCCUCCUUACCAUUACUCUUCACCACCACCACCUCCCAUGAAGCCCUACAAGUACCCAUCUCCUCCACCACCAGUCUACAAGUACAAGUCCCCACCCCCACCCUAUAAGUACCCAUCUCCUCCACCACCACCAUACAAGUAUCCUUCACCUCCGCCACCAGUUUACAAGUACAAAUCACCACCUCCUCCUCCUCCAUACAAGUAUCCAUCUCCUCCACCUCCACCAUAUAAGUACCCAUCUCCACCACCACCACCAUACAAAUACCCUUCACCUCCACCACCAGUUUACAAGUACAAGUCACCUCCUCCUCCUCCUCCCUACAAGUACCCAUCUCCUCCACCACCGCCAUAUAAAUACCCAUCACCACCACCACCAGUUUACAAAUACAACUCUCCUCCUCCUCCACAACACUAUGUCUAUGCAUCACCUCCACCUCCCCAUUACUACUAGAUGGUAAUUUAGCAUAGCACUCUAAGGAUCUGAAGAACAUGUGCAAAUAAAGAAGGAGAUGGAUAUGUGGAUGGAAGAAGCACCGUACAAUUAGAUGUAUUUUGUAUUUUUAAAGUUGAAAGGCACUGUUCUGAUAUGUUUCAUGCACUCCUUCCUGUUAUGCU